AUCGGCACAACAUUUUGCUAUCUUUCAGAACAGUGCCACAUCCUGCAUUAUAACAUCUACAUAUAAACAGAUUAUCUCAAAGUCACGCAUUACUAGAAGAAGCUCAGAGUCAGUGUGGGAUUUGUGCAGAUCAGCAGAACAUGAGAUCAUCUGUGUGCAUUGCUCUGGUGGUUCUGGUUCUGCCUGUCGUGCAGACAUUUGUCGCAGUAGGCAGUGGCAACACGCAUGUGACCAUCACCGGCAAUGCUGUAAUGAAAAAGAUCUAUGAAGUAUGUAAGGCGGUGGCUGAGUCAGAAGGAAGACCAUUCAAGCCAUCAGGCUCCUCUGCAGAAGAACUACUGCAUGCAUGUUUGAGUACAAACACUGGUCAAGUGUCAGGUGCCAAGUUCCAUGAAGCCCUGAAUCAGAUUUACAUGCAGAAUGGAAUUGUGGAUCGUGACUAUGCAUCCAGUAAUCCACAUCAUUUCAACAGUGAGGCUUUUACAAAGGGACAUUCUCUGAUCAGCCAGGGUGUCGCCGCAGUCAAAGCCAACAUUCGUGAAGAUAACUUACAGGCUGCUCGGGAAACACUGGGAAGAGUCUUACACACACUGCAGGAUUUUUACAGUCAUAGUAACUGGGUGGAGCUGGGCUACAAGAAAACUUACACCAACCUCAUUAAACCAGAUCUCACCAUCGACAAUGUUGCAGAGGUGGACACCCCAACCUGCAGUGACUGUGCCAGUGGUACUUGCUCGAACCCCCUGCUGCCCUCCAUUUUACAAGAGAAGAAACUCACAUCAGGAUACAUGGGCCUGAAUUCUCCCAACAAACCUAAUGGUAAAUGCAGUCAUGGUGGAGGUGCGGAUCUUACCAGUACCCAAGUUCCUCGUGGUGGGAUAAAUAAAGAUGAGCGCCUUAGCCAUAAUGCAGCUUUACAUGACACUGCAGUCGCACUGGCAAUAGAUGCUACUGUUGAACUCCUGGAGGAUGUUCGUGGAGCUGUGGGCAAUAAAAAAUAUCUGCGGAUGAUGGGCAUCGCUCGUACUGCUGUCUUGUGCUUUGUAAUUGAUACAACAGGCAGCAUGUCUGAUGACAUCGCCGAAGCUAAGAGAGUUGCACACAGUAUCAUUGACAGUAAGAAAGGGACGCAGGAUGAACCUUCAGAAUACAUAUUGGUCCCGUUUAAUGAUCCGAACUUUGGACCUCUUAUAAGGACAACAAACCCAGACGUAAUGAAGAGUGAGAUUUCAAAACUCACUGCACAAGGUGGUGGCGAUGAACCAGAAAUGUGUUUGUCAGGACUGCAGCUGGCUCUGACUGGAGCUCCUGCCUCCUCUCACAUUUAUGUUUUUACUGAUGCCAGUGCAAAAGACAUACAUUUAAAAAGCACCAUCAUCGCCCUUAUCCGCAGCACCAAGUCCACAGUCUCUGUCUUCAUGACAGAUAAGGUAAGACUUACAAGAGCUUUGGGCACACAGGGACGCCCAGGUUUCCAGGUGUAUUAUAACUUGGCUUUGGCCUCCGGAGGUCAAGCAAUACAGGUCACAAAAGCCAACCUGCCCAGUGCUACUGACAUCAUCUUAGACACCUCUACAGCUGCCUUGGUAACUGUCCUGCAGAGAGCCAGGAUCCCGGGUCGUGUGGAGAAUUUCCCCUUCCUAUUAGAUGUAUCGUUGUCCAAUGUUACUGCCUAUUUGACAGGAAAUAACCUCAGGUUCACUCUGCAUAAUCCAUCAGGUGUGUCGCAGCCUCACACUGUAAGUAACGGACCUCUUGCUACGAUUCAGACUGUAGGGAACCUGCAGCGGCUUCACUUCAAUUUAAAUGAAACAGGCCUGUGGAGCAUCAGCAUGGAAUCUACAGAGGCCUACACUAUCAAAGUGACAGGUCAAAGUGCAACAACUUUCAUUUAUGACUUUGUGGAGGAAUUUACCGGACCCCACUCAGGAUUUGCUCUUAUUGAUGGUCGGCCCCAGCAAGGCAUACCUAAGCUAUUACUGACAAUAACUGGACAGAAGGGUGCUGAAGCUCUGGAGCUACAGGAAGUUGCUCUAGUGGAAGUUUCGGAUGCUAGUGUGGUGAAUGGGACCAUAGAAGAAAUGGGUGGUGGAAAUUUUCUGUUUACUGCAAAUCAAGUUCCAGAAGGAGAAUUUGUAGUUAUGAUGAAAGGAAAAGAUAUGACCACCUCAAGCUACUUCCAAAGGCAGACCACAACACAGAUGUCUCUGUCUAAAGUCAUUAUCAAGGCUGUAGUAGGCAGUGCAAUGGUGCCAGGAAAAGAAUUUGAAGUGCCUUUUACUGUGUCUACUGCUGGAAUCGGUGGAGUCUUUACGAUCAGUGCUAAGAAUGACAAAGAUUUUCCUCUGAAAUAUAAUCCCCAACUUACUGUGAACACUGGAAGUAAUGCUUCAGGCACAGUGAAGGUCACCCCUCCUGCAAGCACUGCAUCAGGAACUGAUGUCACUCUGACCAUUCUGGCAGAAGGGCCCAGAGCUGAGGAUUCUAACUACGCCGUGCUCCGACUUUCUGUCGUCGCCGAGGUAACUGACUUUUCUUCUCCAAAGUGUGAGAUUGUUGGUGUAAGUCCUAUCUGUCCAUCUGACUGCAUCCAGUCAACCUGGGACCUGUCUGUCAACAUCACUGAUGGCAAUGGUACUGGUAUUGAAAGGAUCUACAUCCAGAAAGGCAGUGGCAACUUUGUCUAUCAGUCUGUGGAGGAUGGGGGUAUUACCGUAGUGAUGGCUUACUACAACGCCUCCUGCUGCUCAAAUGAUGUAAUUAUUACUGCUGUUGAUAAGGAGGGAAAUGUAGGGAGAUGUGCCUACACUCUCCAGAGGAGUGGAGGGGUUUCUCCCAGUCUGUCCCUGCCUCUGUGGGCCUGUCUUCUAGUUUCAGCCCUGAGCAUUGUGCAUGAUGUGCUUCCAUUGUAAUGAAAAAUUCAAAAACAAAAAUAAUAAUAAAGUACUGAUGCAAUCACAUAAAAAAGAAACACCACAAAUGAAAAAAUGAACACCACAGUGUUUAGGGUCAAAUGUGAGUGACAUGCUAUCAUCAGUCCAUUUUCGGUAGCACACAUGGUUAAAGGGAAUCUGGAGUCUAUCACAGUGGACUCCAGGCACAAGGUGUAGGACUCCCUGGACCGGGUGUCAACCAAUAACAGGGCACAAUCACAGACACACACUAUAGACAAUUUAGAGAUACCUAUCAGCCUACCACAUAAGUCUUUAGACUAGGGGAUGAAACCAGAGUACCCCAGCAAAAACCUGAAGCAUAGGGAGAAAACUUCACAUACAUACACAGGGCAGAGGCGGGGAUUAAAACCCAAACUCACUCACACAACAUCGUAAAUAUUUAAGACACUUUUCAUAACCUUCUAAUGAGGAUAUGAAGCUAGUGGGUGCCAGUGUUGGUUCUGCAGAAGAUAGGGAUAGGUGGAGAGAGAUGAUUCGCUGUGGUGACCCCUGAAGGGAAAAGCCGACAGAAGAAGAAGAAGAAGACUUUUCAUAACCUUCUAUUCACCUGAGAGCAACAGAGAUCAAAAUAAAAGUGUAUAAAAGUUUGAUAUUGUUUAAUCCAAAGCAAAGGGAAUUUUUGUCACUUUGUAAUUCCAUAUUAUCUUAUAUAAAGUACACACCAGCCACCGGGUGGAUCCUAAAGUUUUGGACAGAGCUUUAAUGGUCAGUUUGCAUAAAGAAUUUUCAUGCAGUGGACCAAAGCCUGUAAUGGGGGGACUGGUAGUGUGAGGCAGAUAUAAACCCUGGUACCCCCUGGGAAGUUUCUUCUAGAAAUUUCUUACUAAGUGGGUAAAUGACCAUCCAUAUCUUAUUCAACCCUUAAUUGAAUUUGAGCAGAG